GUUACCAAAUAUACUUUGAUCCUCUCUCCCGCGAUUCAAAUUUAAUUACCCUCUCCAUUUUAGUUUUGUAUGCUUAAUUCUCGUCGUCUUCCAUUGCCAUUGUCCGUUGCUUUCCCUCCGUAAACAACGGAUACUGGCUAUGGAUUCAAGCCCUUCGUGGGUUUCAUCUCCUUCCCGCGACGAAAACAGCGAGGAGGAGCUGCCGUCUGGUCUUCCCAGGAAUACAAAGGUUACUACCACAGGGAAUAACAGAACAAGGGAAGAUUUGGUGGGUAUGGAAGGAGUUGUCACCAAGGCCGGUGGUCUUGGUGGUUGGCAUUGGCUGGAGCUGAAUAAUGGUGAGGUGGUCAAGCUUCAAAAGAAUGCUCUGACUGUAUUAGAACCACCUACUGGAAAGGAAGAAGGCGAUGAUAUUGAUGAUUCAGCCAGUGGCUCUGAUACGAACCAUAGCACUUGCAGAGAGGUUGAUAUUGGUUCUAACCCUACUAAGGAACAACUGAGCAAUGCUGCCCAGCAGCAUUUUAUGGCACAGAAAGUGGACGAGAAGCAAAUCAUCGUUGAGUUUAGUAAAGAAGUAAAGAGAUUGCAGUUGGAAAAAAAUGAAGAGAAGAGAGACUGAUUGAAGAGUCUGGUUGCCUCAUCAGUGCCUGUAAUAUAUGUACAUUCAAAGCACUUGUUCAACUAAAUUUUAGUGAAUCUCUAAUUAUUCAGUGCUGAGGUAGAGAAUAGCUGUGCAUGAGUAUGGAUGUGUAUUCUAACAUGGAUUGCUAACCAUUCAUUAGGG